AUGACCAUCACCAACGGACACGCAAACGGCCACGCAAACGGGCAUGCCAACGGCAACGGACACGCCUCCAUCGCGACUCUCCGCAAGACGUACGAGGACGCCGGCCAGAGCCACGUCUUCUCGUUCUGGGACAAGCUCAACGCAGGAGAGCAGGAGUCCCUGGCCACCCAGCUGGCCAGCAUCGACGUUGCCCGCGUCAACAGGAUCUACCGCAACGCCAUGGCCGCCGAAGCCCCGCCCACUGCUGACGGCCUGGCUCCGCCUCUGGUCGGCAAGGACAUUUCGCGUUCCCCCUCCCCCGCGCCCGAGGAGGCCGGCCCUCUCCCCGAAGAGGCCGUUGCCUCCUCUUCGUCUCCUGACGCAGCCCGGUGGCGCGAUGUCGGCCUCCGCGCCGUCGCGGACGGUACCGUCGCGGUCCUCCUCCUCGCUGGAGGACAGGGAAGCCGCCUCGGCUCCCCCAACCCCAAGGGCAUGUACGACCUCGGCCUGCCGUCGUCCAACAGCCUCUUCGCUUACCAGGCCGGCCGUAUCCGUAAGCUCCAGGCCCUUGCUGCUGCCCACGCCGGCAAGGACCCUAAGGACGUCCGCCUGCGCUGGUACGUUAUGACUUCGGGCCCGACGCGCCCCGUCACCGAGGCGUACUUUGCCGAGAUGAAGUACUUUGGCCUCGACCCCAACGACGUCGUCUUCUUUGAGCAGGGUGUCCUUCCCGCCCUCUCGAACGACGGCAAGCUCCUCCUCGCCGGUCCCGGCAAGGUGUUCACCGCGCCCGACGGUAACGGCGGGCUGUACGCUGCCCUCCGCCGCCCCGUCAACGCCAACACGGACAUGACCGUGCUCUCGGACCUGCACGCCCGCGGGAUCAAGUACAUCCACGCGUACUGUGUCGACAACUGCCUCGUCAAGGUUGCCGACCCCGUCUUCGUCGGCUGCUGCAUUGAGCGUGACGCGCAGUGCGGCGCAAAGGUCGUGCGCAAGACGAUCCCGACCGAGAGCGUUGGCGUCAUUGCCAAGCGCGGUGAGGCGUACGGCGUCAUCGAGUACUCUGAGCUGCCCGCCGCCAAGGCCGAGCAGCGCGACGCCAAGGGCGACCUCGCGUUCUGGGCCGCCAACAUUGCCAACCAUUUCUACACAACCGAUUUCCUCGACACGGUCGAGGCCAUGGAGCGUAAGAUGGUCUUCCACAUUGCGCGCAAGAAGAUUCCCCACGUCGACAUUGCCACUGGCGAGCAGCUCAACCCCAAGGAGCCCAACGGCAUGAAGCUCGAGAUGUUCAUCUUUGACGUGUUCCCCUUCGUGCCGGCACUGAGCGUGCUCGAGGUCGACCGUGCCGAGGAGUUUAGCGGGCUUAAGAACGCACCCGGGUCCAAGUCGGACUCGCCUGAGACAAGCCGCCGCGACCUCCUCGCCCAGCAGCGCCGCUGGGUGCUUGCUGCCGGUGCGACAAUUGCCGACGGCGUCGAGGUCGAGGUUACCCCCGACGUCACGUAUGGUGGCGAGGGCCUCGAGUUUGUCGCGGGCAACAACUUUGUGCGCUCGGGCGCUAUUGGCCGGCCAGAGGACGUCGCCGCGCUUGUUUGA